CAGCUCCUGUCUCUCACCUGACGGAGGGCGUGGUGUGGGCUGUCCAGGGCUCCCGGAGGGCUGACGCCCUGGCGACUCCGCUGCCCGGCCGUGGUCUUCUAGGAGCCUCGGUCCGCCUCGGAACGUAGCGCGCUGCAGCCCCCGCCUUCCGCCCCUAUCAGCUGACCUUGCCGUGCGGAAGGAGCUGGGGCCAGUGUGGCCGGGUAGUUGAGCCAAGCGCAGCUGAGCCCUAUCCCGCUCUGCCCUCCGCGCUCCUGCCCAGUACGCCCUGCGCCUGCCCCGGCCUAUCCCGUUCCCAUCCAGCUCAGUCCAGCCCAAUCCAGGUCCUCCCCUGGCUCCGCGCCCACUAUGGCAGGGCUCGUGGUCAGUGGAACCCAAGUGUCCUACAUUGGUCAGGACUGCAGAGAAAUUCCAGAGCACCUCGGCAGAGACUUCGGACACCUCGCAAAGAGGCUUGAUCUGAGCUUCAACUUGCUGAGGUCACUGGAAGGACUGAGCGCAUUCACGGGGCUGGAGGAGCUGAUCUUGGACAACAACCUUCUUGGAAACGACCUUGCGUUGCCAGGGUUACCCAGGCUCCAUACCUUAACGCUCAACAAGAACCAAAUCACAGAUUUGGAGGGGCUGCUGGACCAUUUGGCAGAAGCAACACCUGCCCUAGAGUAUCUCAGCUUGUUAGGGAACGUGGCUUGUCCCAACGAGUUGGUUAGCUUGGAAAAGGAUGAAGAUGACUACAAGAGAUACAGGUAA